AUGGCAUCGGUCUACGGAGAUCUUCGACAUUUGCUACCGAACAACUACAAACGGCUCAUCACCGCUUGGUUGGAGGAGGAUUGCCCCAGCUUCGACUAUGGAGGGUUUGUCGUCGGUGAAUCCGAGGGCGAGGCAAGAUUACUGGGAAAGAGCAAAGGUAUCGUUGCAGGUGUACCCUUUUUCGAUGAGGUCUUUUCCCAAUUGGGCUGCACAGUCGAAUGGCACGUCAAGGAAGGCGAAUCCAUCGACCCGAUAAAACACUGCGCCACCGUCCGCGGCCCGAUCCGUCAGAUCCUCCUCGGCGAGCGCGUCGCUCUCAACAUCCUCGCCCGCUGCUCCGGCAUCGCAACCAAGAGCUCCGCCCUCGUGGCCGCCCUGCGCGCCCACGGCUGGCAGGGUACCCUCGCGGGCACCCGCAAGACCACGCCCGGCUUCCGCGUCGUCGAGAAAUACGGCCUCCUCGUAGGCGGCGCCGACCCCCACCGCCACGACCUGAGCUCCAUGACCAUGCUCAAGGAUAACCACGUCUGGGCCUGCGCCAACAACCGCUCCGCCGCGGACGGAGGAUCUGGCUCCGCCAACACCCAGUCCAUCGCGGCCGCUAUCCCCCGCGCCGUGCAGGCGGCCAAGGCGGCAGGGGGGUUCUCGACCAAAGUCGAGGUCGAAUGCCGCAGUCUCGAGGAGGCGAACGCGGCUAUUGGCGCCGGCGCCGACGUCAUCAUGCUCGACAACUUCACCCCGGAGGGUGUCCGCGAUGCGGCCCGCCAACUCAAGCAGGAGUGGGCCGGCAAGCAAAAGUCGUUCCUCGUCGAGGUCAGCGGCGGCCUGACCGAGUCUAACGCUGCGUCCUAUGCCUGUCCCGAUGUGGACAUCCUCUCCACCAGCUCCAUCCACCAAGGGACUCCCAUCGUGGACUUUUCGCUCAAGGUGUCGCUGCGGUAG